GGCUCGAGACGACACCCAAGGCACAACAGCCAAUCAACUCCUUCCUUCGCUCCCUUCGCAACCAACACCCACCAUGGCUUCAGGUCCGCCUAAAGAGGAGAUCGCAGAGAUCUUCAAGCACCUCCGCACUGCGCAGAAGGGCAACAAGGUCUGCUUCGACUGCGGCUCCAAAAACCCAUCAUGGGCCAGUGCAACGUACGGAAUCUACAUCUGCCUGGACUGCUCCUCCGUCCAUCGUAACAUGGGCGUCCACAUCACCUUUGUCCGCUCCACCAACCUCGACUCGUGGUCAUGGGCUCAGCUGCGUAUGAUGAAGGUCUCGGGCAAUGCAGCAGCAGCCGACUUCUUCUCCAAGCAUGGCGGCAGCCACCUCCUUGCGCCGUCGACGGAGGGAAAGGUCAAGUACACCAGCCAGGCUGCCCUCGCUUACAAGGAUGAGCUCAAGCGUCGACUGGUGGCUGAUGCCAGCCCUGGACAAAUCAGCGACCCAGUCAUUUUUCCAGGACUUACUUCGAGCACAGCGGCGGCCGCGCAAGCUGCUGCGAAUGGCGGCGGCGCAGCAUCAAGCGCAGGCGGCGACGAUGAUGACGACUUCUUUGACGAGUGGGACGAGCCGGCACAGAAGCAAAAGAAGGCAGCAGCAGCAGCAGCAGCAAAGGCUAAGCCUGUCGUGGCCAAGACGGCUGCCCCAUCGCCUGCGGUCUCCCUGCCACCAACGAUUGGCCGUGGACCUCGCCCUUCCGAUAAGGUCGUUGACGCCCCGGCGUCAGCGACUGUAGGCGCUCCUCCUGCUCUUGCUGCCCCUGUUCCCGUCACAUCAUCAUCUCUUCGCCCAUCUUCUCGCACCUCAACACUAGGCGCUGUCCGCUCUGGCGCUUCAACGCCCACGGGCUCAGGGUCCGCAGCUGGUGGAGCCGGCGGCUCGAAGCUCGGAGGUGUCAAGAAGGUGGGAGGUCUAGGAGCCAAAAAGGGGGGUCCCGCAAUUGACUUUGAGGCUGCAGAGCGCAAGGCAAAGGAGGAGGAAGCAGCCAAGGCUGCGGCUCUUCGUGAGGCAGAGCAACGCAAGGAGGCAGAUCGUCAGGCUGAGGACAUUGCCAAGCAGGCCAUCCAGGCGGCGACGCAGGCACAACAAGCAGCCGCGGCAGCCAAGUCAGCGGCGUCGCCACAAUCAAGCGGUAAGAGCGGCGCCGCUCCCACGUCACCUACUUCGAGCGGCAGAGGCAAGAUCAGCGGUGAAGUGGACCGACUUGGCAUGGGCUUUGGGCGUAUUGCUGUGCGACAGGGCAAGGUGCAAGACGCCCUCGAGCGGGAGCGUCAAGCUAAGGUAGCGGCGCGUAGCGCAGCUGAUGCGGACAUGCCGGACUAUGCGAGGUCCAAGUUCGCAGCCCAGAAGUCCAUCUCAUCGGACCAGUACUUUGAGCGCGGAGGCUAUGAUCCAAACACCUCAAACGAAGCGAAGGAGCGUCUCGCUGGUCUGCAAGGGGCGACGAGUAUCUCGAGCAAUCAGUACUUUGGGCGUGAGGAGCCGGAGGACGACGAAGGGGGAGGAGGCGGUGGGGGCGGAUACGGUGCUGGGUCUCCUGGCGCGGAUGGCGACUGGGCGGUGGAGCUCGAAGGCCAGGCCAGAGAGUACUACGCACGCUUCAUGGCCAACCCAGAUGUACAGAGUGGGAUCGAGAGCUUCCGUGCUGGUGCGAUGAAGCUCAGCCAGUACCUCGAGGACAUGUCGCGCAACGGGGCGUGA